AUGUUACGCUUUAUAGGUCAGCUAAGUUCAAAAUGUCUGCGCUCCAGUGUAAAAACCACAACACCCCGUUCAUAUUCGCUGCAAACACCACGACCAUCACAACGAACAGGCGGUGGAGGACCGGGAGCUGAGUCGAUAAGGAAAACAAAUUUAAGGUCCACACUUUACUAUGUCACUGCGGGAGGUGUUUUAAUUGUGGGUUUAAGUUAUGCCGCCGUGCCACUAUACCGAAUGUUUUGUCAGGCCUACAGUUAUGGUGGCACCACCAGUCAGGGUCACGAUGCCGAAAAAGUCGAAACCAUGGAAAAGGUUAAAGAUCGCAUUAUCAAGGUCCGUUUCAAUGCCGAUGUGGCCUCCUCAAUGCGUUGGAAUUUCCGUCCCCAACAAUAUGAAAUUAAAGUGGCUCCGGGUGAGACAGCUUUAGCAUUUUAUACAGCGAAAAAUCCUACAGAUCAUCCGGUCAUUGGUAUAAGUACCUAUAAUGUGGUGCCAUUUGAGGCGGGAGCAUAUUUUAAUAAGAUACAAUGUUUUUGUUUCGAGGAGCAGCAAUUGAAUCCACACGAGGAGGUCGACAUGCCUGUCUUCUUCUACAUUGACCCUGAGUAUGUCAAAGAUCCGAAAUUGGAAAAUGUCGAUAGCAUUACGUUGUCCUAUACCUUCUUUGAGGCUAGAGAAGGUUUGAAAUUAAAUUUCCCCGCCUAUGCAAAACCCCAUACAGCGGCAGCGUGA